UCUGCCUUCAGCUGCCAAAAUCCAAGCUGAUUUUGAUACUCACGCAAUUUCGAUGAAAAAAUUCACAUCAAACGGUUUAGAGACGUGUAAUACAUCAUCAUCAUCUGACAACGUCAAGAAUACUUCAAAAAUCAGAUUCGCAACAAUCACUGCAAAAUUCAUCGGAAAGUCCAUGUAAUCGUAAAUAUGGAGCAACGUCUGCCUCGAUCAUAUUCUCGAAAAUGGUAAAUAAAAAUUGCAACCCUACAACAUGCAAAAAACAGCAAAGUUCACUUUUAGUCAAAAUGUGAUCUUGUCGUUCAAGUGGACUGUAUAGAAUGCCAAAGCUACAAAAGAUUGGCCAAAGAAGCGGAAAAUGCAGCUUCCAGCAAAAAAGAAGUUAUUGAUAUGCUACAGAAUGAAGUGAAAAAAAUUGAAAAUUUGUAUAGGAACCUGAUCGAUGAAUAUGAAAAGCUGAGGUACCAGCAUUGUUGUACUUUACAAGAGCUGAGCAGCAUACGGACCACAUAUAAAAAGGUAUUCUCCACAAUUUGGCUGCACAUCACUAAGUGCUUUGGAAUCGCAAAGGAAAGUUAGAAGAAGAGAACGACAAGUAUUCCAGAGAUAAGCGACAGACGGACAUAGAAAUCGAUAAGCUCAAGGAGGAGAUUGCAGAAUGGAGAAAUUUGCACAAACAACUUCAGACGAAACUGGACGACCUAGGCAACAUAAAAUCAUCAGACUGUACGAAGCUCCCAAAGGAAGAAAUGAAAAGCCUGGAGGACACAAUCAAAGACCAGAACAGAUCCUUGCGGAACCUCCUGAUGAAACUGGCCGAAGAUCUGCGCAACAGUCACCAGCGUUGUGCGUCCAAUGACGCUAAAGGAGACACAAAGUCCAAGGAGGAAUUGAUCGAACAAGUCAGACAACUUGAAGCUGAAAUCCAGCAUUACAAUGAGAUAGUAGCUCAGUUGGAGGAGGAAAAUAGACAGUUUAAAAAUAACUUGAUACAGAAGAAAAGCGAUAUUUCGCAAGCUCUUGGUGCUUUGAAGAGGAGUGAUAUGGAUAUUAGUAAUCUAUCCCAAAACAUCGAAGGUAAUAUGACAUCAGACUCUUAUCCUAUAAUUUUCCCGCUCUGUGCUUUACUGGCCAGCAAAUGGAACCAGUGCUGUGGGAUUUGGCUGCCAGUGAAACAUGCAUGUUAUGUUUGAGUGUGCAGAGACCCUAAGUCCAGGAAGUAUCUUUCCAAUGCCCAAAAAUCAAUACCUCAACAGCAGCUUACAUCAGAAAAUUCAGCAUUGCCCAUCAGUAAGAGCACAAUAUUCUUGGGACUGCGACCACUCCACCAGCAACCAAUAGUGGUAUUUGCAGCUUGUAACGUAGCUUGAAAGUUUCGCAAAGUCUACUGUCGAAAACAUACCAGGAACAUGCUUUCAACUACCUAGUGCUUAGAUUAGAGGCAUUAACAAGCAUUUGAAAUUUGAGCCAUGUUGACUCAUCAGGUUACAUUUAAAAGAGGUUUUCUUUCGUCCAUAAAGAUACAAAGAAAAUAAGUUUACAGCUCCAUUCUGGCUUUUACAAGGAACAAUCCUGAAACCAGUCACAACGGAUUGAAAUCACAAGAGCCAAUUACGUAGAAUUAGAACGGUUCUGGAAUAAUUCCUCGUGGAAGCCGGAUAAGGCUCAUAUUUCUAUGGCCCAUGAAACAUCAGAGUACUAGCCUUACCCCCAUCAUAUUUUUAGGAAUGGUCCAGGAGAGGGACCAACAUGUAAAGGAGAUUGCCAUGCUUAACGAGGAGCUUCAAAAUAAUAAGCAGGAGCUGAAACAACUCAUCAAGCUACAUGACGAAUUGGAGGAAGCUUUCAAAGACCAAAAGGUGACACUUGAAAAGACUAACCAAGAACUACAAGAAAAAGAAGCGCAGAUGGAUAUCCUUCCACCAGUUGAGUUAAAUGGACCAGAGGAAUUGAAGCAAGAAAUUGAAAGAACUAGAAGACAAGUUUUCACAAAGGAAAAACAAAUACUCGAUUUAAAGUCAAAGCUAGAACACAUGCAAGACAACGUGAAACAGUUUCAAGAAGGAUUCAGAAAAAAAGAGUUGGAUAUCAAAAGACGAGAUGAAAAAAUUGAUGAGUUGCACAAGAAAUUGAAGCAAGCUGAUCGAAAAAGCGUGUUCAGUGAGGCAUAUACGGAGGAAAGUUAUACUACGUCCAACACAAGUGACAUUGAUAUUGUGAGGGAAGGACAUUUGGCAGAUAAAUAUGAGGAAACUGUACAAGAAAAUAAAACUCUGAAGGACACCAUAGCCAAACUAGAACAACAACUUCAAGAACAAAACAGCAAUCAUGAAGACAUGAAAGUCAAGAUGAAACACGCCUCCGAUGAAAGGAUAGCACAACUUGAAGCAGAGUUGAAAGAACUUAAAGAUGAGAAUAUUGAAUAUGAUGAAGAUAACAGACAUUUAAGUCAACAAUUGGAAGCAAUGGUAGGAGAAAUCGAAAUACUGCAACGUGAGCAUAAACAACUGCAAUCAGAAAAGGUGCAAUGCAUGAAUGAAAUUUCAAAGAUGGAGAGGGAGUAUGAUGAUGCUGUUUGUAAUAAAGACCAAGCAAUUAACCAUCUUUCAGAGCAAAUGAAGUUGGCUAAAGAGGCUCAAGAUGUUAUCAAAGCAGAAGCAACUGCCUUCAAGAGACAUAGCGUGGAAUUAGAGAGUGAGCGUGACAAGCUUUAUGCAGAAAAUCUGAAGCUUGCCGCAGAAGUAGAGGAACUUGAAGUUGAGCUGAACACUGCUGUGAAUACAACCGAUGGCAACUGUCGGUCGUUACAAGAAAAACUUGAGCGUCUAGAAUGUACAGUGAAAGAAAAAGAAAACGAGUUAGAUAAUGCUUGUCGCGAACUAGAGAAGAUCCAGAAAUACUUAGAACAAUGUGAGUGUAAGAAACAUCAAGGCCAAUCAGAUGAAAUAAUACGCUUGACAAGUGAAAACAAAAUGUUCACGGAAAAGAUAAGAGCGCUGCAAGAUGAGCUGGCUAGAUACAAAGCUAGACUUGAUAACUGUCCAUGCGCCGAUAUCAAAAGAAACAUUCCUGAAGCGUCUGGUUGCUGCGGCUUACUGAAACUUCAAGCCGAAAACACGAGACUCACUGACGAUAAAGUUAAGCAUGAAAAGACCGUAAAAGAGCUACAGGAUGAGCUAUGUCAAAAGAACUACAUCAUAUUCUCCUUGGAAGAAUGUGUCGAUAAGACCAACAAGAUACUAGCGGACUGUGAAAGAGAAAUUAAAGAGCUCCAUUGUCACAGAGAAUGUUUGAAGAAAGAUUUUGCGACAGUCAAAGUUGAGUUGGAGAAAAAGAAUUAUGAGAUCGCUGCACACAAAGCCGAUAAAGAAGCUCUCCAGGAACAAGUACAUACCUUGAUCGAGAUGAAUCAGCAACUAGGAAAAGACAAUAUGCAAUACGCUAAACAAGACCAAGUGCGAUGUGAGAUAGAGAAGAAGAUAAUGUGCUUGUGCGAAGACUACAAUACAUUGCUGAAAGAUUUCAAUGCGAGAGAUGAAGAGCUAGAUAAGAUCAAAGAACAAUUUGAAGUGUUACAGAAAUGUUGCAAAACACCUUUCAUACACAAAGAGGAGUUCAAGAGGCUGAAAACUGCUUCGAAAGAAAUUCGAACUAUAUUUAGCUCUCAGAGCAAAAAGACGUCUUUUCGUACUGAAGCCAAAAUUCCAGAAUGUACCAAAUGCCUAGAUGCUCUUGUAGACAAUACCGGCUCUAGAAAAAUAGACUGCAAGCUGCUUGAACAGAAGAAUAACAGCUUGUCCACUGAGGUAAUCAUCAUGAAAAAGUUCGUGCACGAUAUCCUGAUCGACAACAACAACUUGAAGCAAGGUAUUUUAAACUUGCUGACGACAGUGAUCGACAAGUUGAAGGUUUUAGAAGGCCAUGGUACCAUAUGCCCUUCCACAGUCGAGAUAGUGGCCAGAGCCUUAACAGCUUUAGAAAAGAAGCUAAAAGAAAGUGCCAAGCCAUCUUGCUGUCCAAUACCAAAAUGUACGUGCAUGAAGGAGAUAUGUAUGUCUUACUCGAGAAAAAGUUGUGCUGAAUCUGAUAGUGAUCCUGAUCCAAAGCCAAAAUCAACAAUGUGUGCUGCUCCACGAGAAAUCUGUAACUGUGAAGAAGAAAGCUUAACUUGCGAUUGUUCUAUGGAGGAUCGGCCUAUGCAUGAACCAGUCAUGAUUCGAGACCUUUGUGCUUGUGAAGUUGUUUUGUAGCUGGACUGUAGAUUAAUAAUAAAAAAUCUUCCACACUCC